AUGACAGAACCAGCAACCGAAUUCCCACCACCAAAAAUCCUCACCCUCUCCCCUGCCCACAAGCCCAUCCUCAUCACUCAAGGUGCCGAAGGCCGUCUCUACAAAACGCCCUCCCCCUUCCAACCAGACCAGUUCUGCGCCCUCAAGUACCGCCCGCCAAAACCCUACCGCCACCCCAUUCUCGACGCCCGCCUCACAAAAGCCCGCAUCUCCUCCGAAGCCAAAGUCCUCGACCGCUGCUACCGUGAGGGCGUCCCAGUACCAGCUGUUCUCGCCAAAGAUGCCGCUGCCGGCUGGAUGAUGAUUGAGUGGAUCGAGGGAGAGCCGGUCAGAGUAGGAAUCAACAAAUGGCUAGGGGAGCGGCCAGAGGACGAUGCCGUUGUGGAUCACAGCCAGGAAGACGAGACGCCCCUGAUCGAUCUUAUGAAGAGGAUUGGAGUCGCCGUCGGGGCGCUUCACAGGACGGGCGUGGUACACGGAGAUCUGACGACGAGCAACAUGAUGCUGAGACCAUGGGCAGACGACAGACUACCAAACGGGCACGGGGACAAGGCUGAGAAGGCAAAGGCUGUAGCGGGCGAUGUGGUGGUGAUUGAUUUUGGGCUCGCAAUGCAGAGUCAGUCGGACGAGGACCGGGCGGUAGAUCUCUACGUAUUGGAAAGAGCGUUCGCGAGUACACAUCCCAGGGCGGAGAGGUUAUUUCACCACAUCUUGGACUCGUAUAGGGAAGCCUUCAAGAAGGCGCCGGGGGUGCUUCACAAGCUCGAAGAUGUCAGGAUGCGCGGGAGGAAGAGAAGUAUGCUUGGAUAA